GUCCUAUCUUUCAUUCCUUCCUGCUUUCCUUGUUCCCUUACAUCCUUCCUUCCUCCCUCUCUUCAUUCCUUCAAUCAUUCCUCAUCCCAACCCUGUUUUAAAUCAUGCUCUUAUUUUGAAACCGAGCGAACCCGAACCUCCCUGCUGAUCUUCUGCGCGCGACCUGCCGACGCGGGCGCGAGCGCGCCUGUCAGCGGAGGUGCGCGAGCCUCCUCCUCCAGCAGCAGUCAGUCUGACAGUCACACAGUCCACCGGCAAGUCAGUUCGCGUACCCACGCCGACAUCCGCGCAACUUUCUCGCUUGGCGCAAAUGUGACACUGAAGUCCAUCAUUUGGAUUUUCUCCUGACUUUUUUCUUUGUUGUUGUUAUUUUUUUUGGGGGGGUGUGGGCAGUGCAAUAGCGAGGAGGCGCGAGCAUGUGAAACAAGUUAUACGAACGAAAGGAUAACAAAAAAAAAAAAUUGAAGCAGAAGAAGAGAUGGACGCGGGGAAACACGUGCUGAUUUGGCGCGUACUUUUCUUCUACUUGGCGCCCGUGGGACUUACUGGCGCGCAGUUUUUCCCAGGUGGUUGUACCUUUGAGGACUCGUACAGCAGCUGUGGCUACAGUGUGUCGCUGGGAACCAGCGGCUUUACGUGGGAGCAGGACCGAACCACGCACACAGGCGGCAUGAUGGCGGUGAACGCGUCGGGCCGGGCGUCGGGUCAGCGCGCGCACCUCUACAUGCCCAAGCUGAAGGAAAACGACACCCACUGCAUCGACUUCCUCUACUCCAUCUCGGGCCGCGACGGCGCCAGCCCCGGCACCAGCCCCGGCACCAGCCCCGGCACCCUCAACGUCUACAUCAAGGUGAACGGCGGCGCUCAGAGCAACCCCGUGUGGAACGUCAGCGACACCGUCACCGACGGAUGGCUCAAGGCCGAGCUCGCCGUUUCCACCUUCUGGCCCAACUCCUAUCAGGUAAUAUUUGAAGCCGUUUCCGUCCAGGGCCACCCGGGAGUCAUCGCCGUUGACGAUAUUCGAGUUCUGGCUCAUCCCUGCCGAAAGGCGCCUCACUUCCUGCGUCUUCAGAACGUGGAGGUCAACGUGGGUCAAAAUGCCUCCUUCCAGUGCACGGCGGGGGGCAAGUGGUCUCAACACGAUAAACUCUGGCUGCAGCAGUGGAACGGCAAAGACACGGCCCUGAUGGUGACGCGGGUGGUCAACCACCGCCGCUUCUCGUCCACCGUCAGCGUGGGCGACACGUCGCAGCGCGGCACCGGUCGCUACCGAUGCGUCAUCCGCACUGACGGGGGCUCUGGGGUCUCCAACUACGCCGACCUGAUCGUCAAAGCUCCGCCCACCCCCAUCGCUCCACCCGAGCUCCUGGCCGUGGGCGCCACCUACCUGUGGAUCAAGCCCAACGCCAACAGCAUCAUCGGUGACGGUCCCAUCAUCCUAAAGGAGGUGGAGUACCGCACCACCUCGGGAAACUGGGCCGAGACCCAUGUGGUGGACGCGCCCACCUAUAAACUGUGGCACUUGGACCCCGAUGUGGAGUAUGAGAUCAAGGUGUUGCUGUCCAGACCCGGAGAAGGGGGGACGGGACCCCCGGGACCGCCUCUGGUCACCAGAACCAAAUGCGCUGAUCCCGUCCACGGUCCGCAGAAUGUGAACGUGGUGGACGUCCGUGCGCGACUCUUGACCAUCCAGUGGGAAACGUUCGGUUACGCCAUCACGCGAUGCCACAGCUACAAUCUCACGGUGCAGUACCAGUACGUGUUCAAUCAGCAGGAGUUUGCGUCCGAGGAGCUGAUCCAGACGUCUUCUCGCUACACCUUGAGGGACCUGCGGCCGUCCGUCACCGUGAGACUGCGACUGGUCCUGGCCAACGCCGAGGGCAGCAAGGAGAGCGAGGAGAUCGUCAAGCAGACGGAGGAAGACGUGCCCGGCUCUGUGCCCAAGGAGUCCCUGCAGGACACGCCCUACGAGGACAAGAUCUUCCUGCAGUGGAAAGCGCCAAACGAGACCAACGGAGUCAUCACCCAAUACGAGAUUGUCUAUAAAGGUCUGAGCUCUCUGGACCCCAGUGCCGACCUGACCAACCAGUGGGGGAAGGUGACCAAGCCCACCAAUGAGACUCACCACCUGUUUGUUGCCCUCCACCCGGGCACCACCUAUUUCUUCACCCUCAAAGCCUCCACCAGCAAGGGGGCUGGCCCACCCGUCAACACCCACAUUACCACCAAGAUAGCAGCCCCCAUGAUGCCGGAAUAUGAAUCCGAGGCGCCUCUCAACGAGACCGAGUCCACCAUCACCGUCCUCCUUAAGCCUGCCAAGUCGCGGGGAGCGCCCAUCAGUUCCUACCAGCUGGUGGUCAAGGAGGAGCGCAAGUCCAGGUCACGUCGAGCCUCCUCGGAGAACCCCGAGUGCUUUGCCGCGCCCUUCAGCUUCCGCAACGCCUCCUCCUCCAACUCGCCGUACUACAUGGCAGCGGAGCUGCCACCUUCCAAUCUGCAGGCAGCCAAGCCGUUCACGGUGGGCGACAACAAGAGCUACGGAGGCUUCACCAACCCACCCUUGUCCCCCUCCAAAAGCUACAGCAUCUACUUCCAGGCCCUUAGCAGAGCCAACGGGGAAACCAAAAUCAACUGCGUGCGUCUGGCGAACAAAGGCGCCUCCACGCAGGAUUCCGACGCCAUGGAGCCGGAAAAACCCGUGGACGGCACGGUCAAGUUGGCGGGCGUGAUUACGGGCAUUCUCAUGUUCAUCGUCAUCCUUCUCGGCCUCGUCCUCACCUUCAAGCGCAGAAGACAUGCUUAUUCCUACUCUUAUUACCUGAAGUUGGCCAAGAAGCACAAGGAGACGGUGAGUAGCUCCACUCAGCAGAGGGAGAUGGGGCCGGUCAACACGGCCGACAAGAGCACCACCAAAGUCAGCACGCUGCACAAGGACGACCCUUUCUCCACCUCCAGCCAGGACCUCAACGGAUUCACCUCCCCCUCUUCCUGCUCUUUCUCCAUGCAGGGAAGCAAGACGCUGCAGAGCAAAUCCCUGCUCAAUUCCUACUACUCAGUGUCUAAAGAACCUGUACCUGCCACCGCGUCUCUGGACAGCAGCCAGCCAUCGCUCGCCCAGCCCUCCCUGACGCUGCAAAGCUUCCCAUACGGCGGCCGCGAGUCGGUGGAGCUCGCCUACCAAAGCGGUCAGUUCCAGGCGGGUCAGUUCCAGCCGGCCAUCCGCGUGGCCGACCUCCUGCAACACAUCACGCAGAUGAAAUGUGGACAAAGCUACGGCUUCAAGGAGGAAUACGAGGCUCUGGCGGAGGGACAGACGGCACCGUGGGAAACAGCCAAAAAAGAUGAGAACCGCAACAAGAAUCGCUAUGGUAACAUCAUUGCCUACGAUCACACCAGAGUGCGACUGCAGCUGCUCGACGGAGAGCCCCACUCCGACUACAUCAACGCCAACUUCAUUGACGGCUACCACCGGCCCAGACAUUACAUCGCCACACAAGGUCCCAUGCAGGAGACGGUGAGGGAUUUCUGGAGGAUGGUGUGGCAAGAGAACUCGGCCUCUAUCGUCAUGGUGACCAACCUGGUGGAGGUGGGCAGGGUCAAGUGUGUCCGCUACUGGCCCGACGAGACGGAAGUUUACGGCGACGUCAAAGUCACCCUGGUGGAGACGGAACCGCUGGCCGAGUACGUCAUCCGCACGUUCACCGUGCAGAAGAAGGGUCACCACGAACUACGAGAGCUGCGCCAGUUCCACUUCACCAGCUGGCCCGACCACGGCGUUCCUUGCUAUGCCACCGGGCUGCUGGGCUUCAUACGCCAGGUCAAGUUCCUCAACCCGCCAGACGCCGGGCCCAUUGUGGCACACUGCAGCGCCGGUGCGGGCCGGACAGGCUGCUUCAUCGCUGUGGACAUCAUGCUGGACAUGGCCGAGAACGAAGGCGUGGUGGACGUCUUCAACUGCAUCCGCGAGCUCAGGUCGCAAAGAGUCAACAUGGUGCAGACGGAGGAGCAGUACGUGUUUGUCCACGACGCCAUCCUGGAGGCGUGCCUGUGCGGCAACACCGCCAUCCCCGUGUGCGACUUCCGAGCCAUCUACUACAACAUCAGCAGGCUGGACCCUCAGACCAACUCCAGUCAGAUUAAAGACGAGUUCCAGACCCUCAACAUAGUGACCCCUAGAGUGCGACCGGAGGACUGCAGCGUGGGUCUGCUGCCCCGGAACCACGACAAGAACCGGAGCAUGGACGUCCUCUCGGCCGACCGCUGCUUGCCAUUUCUCAUCUCGGUGGAUGGCGAGAGCUCCAACUACAUCAACGCGGCACUCAUGGACAGCCACAAGCAGCCAGCGGCCUUCAUCGUUACCCAGCAUCCUUUGCCAAAUACCAUGGGUGACUUCUGGAGGCUGGUCUUUGACUACAACUGCUCUUCCAUCGUUAUGCUCAACGAGAUGGAUGCCGCCCAGCUGUGCAUGCAGUACUGGCCAGAGAAGAGCUCGUGCUGUUACGGUCCCGUCCAGGUGGAGUUCAUCUCAGCAGACAUCGAUGAUGACAUCAUCAACCGCAUCUUCCGGAUCUGCAACAUGGCCCGGCCUCAGGACGGCUACCGGCUGGUGCAGCAUUUCCAGUUCAUUGGCUGGCCGGCCUACAGGGACACGCCCCUUUCCAAGCGUUCCAUCCUGCAGCUGGUACGACGACUGGCCAAGUGGCAGGAGCAGUACGACGGCGGAGACGGCCGCACGGUGGUGCACUGCCUCACCGGCGGUGGGCGUUCGGGAACCUUCUGCGCCAUGUGCAGCAUCAACGAGAUGAUCCAGCAGCAGAACAUCGUGGAUGUUUUUCACACGGUCAAGACGCUGCGCAACAACAAGACCAACAUGGUGGAGACCAUGGAACAAUACAAGUUCUGCUACGAGGUGGCUCUGGAGGCGCUCAGCUCCUUCUGAAUGGUCGCCGGGCUCCUCGAGGCAACGCGUGGAUGCGCAAAGCAAGCGCUCGCCGGCCGCUCCGUGUUGGCUUCCGUCACAUUGAUGGGCACAAAACAAGUUGAACGGGGCCUAUCGUCGUCCUUGUACAGUCGCUUCCACUUUUGAAUGUUGUCUCCCCCUGCAGGCCACAGGCACACUUGUCGCCUCUGCGUACACACAGGCCAAUCCGAGACGCUACUGUUUCGCAUCCAAUUUGCUCGUCCUGCAUGGGCGUAAGGUACCCGGCCUGGAUUUGAAGUCGAUUCGCAAAUCUGUGUCGAAAGCAAACGAGAUGAAAUCAUCUUCAUCUGCGAUGUCACAAGUUUCGUCUGAAAGGGGUGGGCAAAACGAAAACAAAAAAACGGACUCUACCGUGACCGAUACUUUUUCUUGUGUGCGUGGUUUGAAGUUGAUCUUUGAGUUUGCUUUGUGUUGAAAGCAAUCGAUGUACAAUUUAUCUCGAUACAAAAAGCCACAACUGUGAUGUUCGGCUGAAAGGGGGGGUAACUAAAGGCCGACUCUACCGUUACACCUAUCAAGGCAGCGUGAAAGCGGUUUUGUCGGAUGUUUGACGCAUUCAAGUGCAUCCAGCUGAGCUGUAAAUAAGAUUCUUCAGCCGCCACUGUCAAAUGUCGAGUUGACUUCAAUUUGACAAACCUUGAUUAUCCUGCGAUGGUUUGCAAAAUCUGCCCCCUAAAGCUUAUUUCACUUGAAAUUUGGUGGGCACAACUUUUAGGAAUAGGCCCACAAAAUUCUGAAGAACCUGAACAGGAAGUCCGACAUUUAGGCUUGGAAGCGACCGAUCCGGGGUCAGUUUCCAAAGAUAUGUCUGCUCAAACUUGUACUUUGGGAAAUGCAGCCCCCAGUGCAAGUUUCUCUUGGGGUCAUGAGUUUUGGUUGACUUGUCAAGCAUGACUAGACCCAUAAAAAGUCAUAAGAAGCUGUUUCCAAGAUGAGAACAGGAACUCUGCCUGUCUUUUUUUUUUCCUCCAGUUUUAUUUGGCAAUUUAGCUGCUCCAAAUCCUCACAACAUUAGUUUUUGGUCUAUCAUAAAUAGACCCACAAAAAGUCUCAAGAAAAGAUGCAUGAAGUUUGAUAUGAAGCUCAUUUUAAGCCCUUGUUCCAGGUGUCUUUAUGAUUGCUACCAAAUUUAUGUCCCAGACAGGGCCAUGACGCAAAAUUGACAAAAUCCAAUGCUUUGUUUUUGGUUUUUUUUGUUUUGUUGUUGUUGUUGUUGUUGCGUGGUGAUGGCUUUUGCUCACCAAAAAUGAAAAGUUAACGGGUGCUGCCUGUGUUUCUAGUUGGAAGAGUAAAAUUGGCUGGCGUUGCGCCAGCUAAAGUUGGCCACUCACCAGUUGCGCAGGCGGCGAUGUUUUUCUCGUCAUUACCGUGACGCGAUGAUUUGUUUUGUUGAAAAUAACGAGCAACCUUUCAAUUUGGUUUUUGUGUGCACUCUGUGGCCAUGCGUUUCAAAUGCUUUUUUUUUUUUUUGCUCCACAUGGGCAAUCCCUGUCCUCCUUUUUUGUUUUUUUUCUUUGCUUUGGUGUUCAGCCUGCUUUUCUUCUCUGUCUUAUGUUUCUUGUUUGUUUUUUGUUUUUUCUUUUUUUGUCGGCUCAAUAGUGAAGCUUUUGAGUGCUGCACUUAAGACACUUGAUUCAAUUUUAUAUUUGGUUUCUUGGAGGAUUUUCUUUUUAAAUUUGUUUUGCAUCAUUAGGAGAAAAAAAGAUGAUUUGUCCAGCAAAGUGUUUUUGGAUUUGCUUGUUUGGUUGUUUGAAAAUGUGCUUAAGGUAUUAAAUAAUAAAGGGACCAAAACGCUGAA